UGUACAUAAAGGAACUGGACAUAACGGAAGGGUCGUUUGUCACACUCAAUUGAGGCCUAAACAUGGAAUCAAACCAUGGUCAGUGUUAUGACAGUCAACGUCAGGCCAUGUGAUUCAUAUCCAAUCCAACGGCCAGUCUGCUUCUAUUGCCGCACAACACGCGGCUGAGAUUUCACCACCCAACCAUUUUCAGGGAUUCACACCAUUCAAGACAAAUUUAAGCCCAUCGUGAAAUUUAAGCCGUCGAUCCUAGUGUGUAAACCCCAAAAUCUCCAAUCCAACGGCCCACUCUCAACGACGCCAUCUCUUAUAGCGGUUACCAAAGUUGCAAGCCCAAGUCUUGCAGAAGAGAGAGAGAGACGGCGAUGGAGGAAAGAGAGCAACAGGUUUACUUGGCUAGGCUUGCUGAGCAAGCUGAGAGAUAUGAUGAGAUGGUUGAAGCAAUGAAGAAAGUUGCUAAAUUGGAUGUGGAACUGACAGUGGAGGAGAGGAAUCUGGUAUCUGUUGGAUAUAAAAAUGUUAUUGGGGCAAGAAGGGCAUCAUGGAGGAUAUUGUCUUCCAUUGAACAGAAGGAGGAGACCAGGGGAAAUGAGCAAAAUGCAAAAAGGAUAAAGGAUUACAGACAAAGGGUUGAAGAUGAGCUGUCAAAGAUCUGCAAUGACAUAUUGUCCGUCAUUGAUAAUCAUCUCAUCCCAUCAUCCUCAACAGGGGAAUCAACUGUUUUCUACUAUAAGAUGAAAGGAGAUUACUACCGAUAUUUAGCUGAAUUCAAAGCAGGGAAUGACCGUAAAGAAGCUGCUGAUCAGUCACUUAAGGCCUAUGAGGCUGCCACCAGUACAGCUGCCUCAGAUCUGCCGCCUACUCAUCCAAUCAGACUUGGGCUGGCUUUGAACUUUUCUGUCUUCUACUAUGAAAUUUUGAACUCCCCAGAGAGGGCUUGCCACCUUGCAAAACAAGCUUUUGAUGAGGCUAUUGCAGAACUUGAUAGCCUGAAUGAAGAAUCAUACAAGGAUAGUACCCUUAUUAUGCAGCUUCUUCGGGAUAAUCUCACAUUAUGGACCUCAGAUCUGCCAGAGGAGGGAGGUGAGACAUCUAAAGCUGAUGAACCUCAAGCAGAGGUAAGAAACUGUAGUUCUUUUCCAGGGUAGAGCGUAUGAAUAGAUAUUAUUGGCCUUUGCUAUAUUGAGAGCGGGUUCAAAAUAGGAAAUUUCCCUGUCAAAGCCUUUUAAGCAAAUUAGAUGAUAGUAAGAGGUCACACUAUUGUGGAUUUGUUAGCAUUGUUUACUCCCACCUUUUAAUAUAAUGGGGCAAUCAUCCAGGAGGCUUGAUUGAUCGGAUGGUUCAUGAUGCAAUUCUAUGUGAAGUUUUAUAACCUCUGCUCCACUUCUCUUCAUUUUCUUAUUAAUUUAUCAAAUGCCUGUGUGCAUGGGAUUUGCAGAGUUAGGUGUGGGACAAAAGAGGUGAUUCUUUGAGAGGGUGAGCUCGUAGAAGGAUGGAGGAAUGGAGCUUGGGAGACUUUUCAUCUUAUCAGUAGUAGUACAGGAAUUGGCAACUAUUGGUUUGUAUUUAUCGAGCAGGAUGCAUAUGGACUCUCAUUAUGCCUUCUUUUUCUUCUUCUUAUUCUGCUGGUUUUAACAUACCUGAAUCUGUUGCAUUUGGUUAUUGUGCUGUAUUUUUCUAUUCAGUAUUAAGUUGCCUUAUUGCGAACUCAAAUAAUAUGUGUUGUCAAUUUGUUUCUUUUUUA